AUGGCCGAGUUCGCGGUUUCGGUGCUUCUCGUGAUUUCGAGCACUUUCCUCACUGCUGACGGGGUUCGGAUUUCGAGUCUCUCUGUGCCCGGAUCAGUCGAGAACGGAACAUCGGACUCAGUCGUGCUAGAUUGCAUCUACGAGUACAGCGACGAAGAUCAACAGCUCGUCGUCAAAUGGUUCUUCAAUCAGGACACCAAGCCAAUCUAUCAGUGGAUACCUGACUUGAACAAGCGCUCCUAUUCGAAGUCCCGCUUCGAGGGUCACAUAAACCGUCAUUUCGAAAUGACGAAGGACGCCUACACGAAAUAUCGGGCAUUGAACAUACUUCGGCCAACGACUGAGAUGACGGGAACGUAUUCGUGCUCGGUGACUUCACUGCAAGGUCAGGACUCCCGGUCCGCCGAUAUGGUCGUUUACGCCAAACCGCGUAAAUUCGACCUCAGUUUCCGUCGUCCCGUGGAUUCUGAAGAGACACAAUUCAAGUGUCAAGUUGAGGGAAUUUUCCCGGAGCCGCAAGUGCUCAUGUACAGGGUGGAACAAACUCAAAUCGCAGGGAACGACUACCUGAACGUAGACAACAUGACCCAACUAAAUUAUUCGGUACAACCGAACCCUGCUGGACCAGGUCAAGCUCAGCAGCGUCGGGCCACGAAGGAUGGCUACACGACCGUUCUGACCACGUCGCUCUCGAAUCAACAUUUCAAAAGUCACGCGUCGGCGCGACAUCUUUUCUUCUGUGUCUACACCAUACCAUCAACAGAUAUAAAGCAGACACGGGUUCUGGAGUUCUACCCAGAGCGGUACAUCUCUAACCAUGCGGCUACCGAGCCCACGAUAAGCAUAUCACUUCUCUUGAUGUCUCUGACGAGUGUGUAUUAUCAUCGGAGUCGCGCUUGAAGGGAAGAAUAAGAUGAGUUGUGAGGAGGAGACGCCAUGAGAUCAACCGUAAAAUGUUUUGUUCCUGGAUUACUGCAGCACAGUCUCAAAGACUCAGCCCAUACUAUGAACAAUCGGUUGGCUCUGCAUGCGAGUCGGGGAACACAUGAACAGGAGUCGUCGAAGCUUCCAUACUGCAACAUUCCCGAUCGAGAUGAGCAGAUUCCCGGGUCGCCGACGUUGACCUCCAGAGUGAAGGAGGA